UUCUGAGCAUGCUUAAUGAACGGCGAGACAAAAACAAUAGUAGCUAAUUAUUUAUUAAUUUAUAGUUAUUUGAUAUCUGUUUCGCCACCUUUAUUCCUGCCGCACGACCCAAGGUGCUACGGCGAAACCAGAAAAGUACAAUGUGUUCCAUAUGUGUGGACGGACGACGGGGUGGAGCAGCUGCUUAGUGUCACGUUACAAUCCGAGUGGUGAAAAGCCCAAGAAAAACCGAGCGGGCUGAUCCAAAACCGUCGUCUCUGGCGGAUUUUAAACCGCGGACGCUGUGGACCAAUGAGUUGAAACGCUCAGGAGCCAUGGAGUUGAGGGUGGGGAACAAGUACCGCCUUGGGAGGAAGAUAGGGAGUGGAUCCUUUGGAGAUAUUUACCUCGGUUCUAACAUUGCUACAGGAGAGGAAGUAGCCAUCAAACUGGAAUGCGUUAAGACCAAACAUCCACAGCUCCAUAUUGAGAGCAAAUUCUACAAGAUGAUGCAGGGUGGAGUGGGAAUCCCCUCUAUUAAGUGGUGCGGCGCAGAAGGCGACUACAACGUGAUGGUAAUGGAGCUGCUGGGCCCCAGCCUGGAGGACCUGUUCAACUUCUGCUCCCGCAAGUUCAGUCUGAAAACAGUCCUGCUGCUGGCCGACCAGAUGAUCAGUAGGAUUGAAUACAUCCACUCCAAGAACUUCAUCCACAGAGAUGUAAAGCCCGAUAACUUUCUGAUGGGGCUCGGUAAGAAGGGCAACCUGGUCUACAUCAUCGACUUCGGCCUGGCCAAGAAAUACCGUGAUGCCCGAACACACCAGCACAUCCCCUACCGUGAGAAUAAGAACCUCACCGGCACCGCCCGCUAUGCCUCCAUCAACACCCAUCUGGGCAUUGAGCAGUCGAGGCGAGAUGAUCUGGAGUCUCUAGGCUACGUUCUCAUGUACUUCAACCUGGGCUCUCUGCCCUGGCAGGGGCUCAAGGCCGCCACCAAGAGGCAGAAGUAUGAACGCAUCAGCGAGAAAAAAAUGUCCACCCCCAUUGAGGUGCUCUGCAAGGGAUACCCCUCUGAGUUCUCCACUUACCUGAACUUGUGUCGCUCCCUGCGGUUCGAUGACAAGCCAGACUACUCUUAUCUGAGGCAGCUCUUCAGGAACCUUUUCCACAGACAGGGCUUCUCCUACGACUACGUCUUUGACUGGAACAUGCUGAAGUUUGGGGCUAGCAGGGCAGCAGAGGAUGGAGAGAGGGAGAGGAGGGAGGGAAAAGAGGGGGAGGAGCGAGCAGGAGUGGGCCAAAGAGGAGCUGGUGGUCGAGCUUUGCCGCCUGGUCCAAACCCUUCAGCAGCUAACAGAGUCAGGAACGAGGCAGACGCUGCUCCCUCUAAUCCGGCCACACGUGGUGUCCAGCAGUCAGGUAACCGCUCCCCUCAGGCGGGGAGAGCAGAACGAGCCGAGCGAGAGAGGAAGGUGGCCAUGAGGCUUCAUCGCGGGGCCCCCGCCAAUGUCUCCUCCUCUGACCUCACUGCACGCCUUGACCAAUCACGCAUUACUGCAUCACAGGUCAGUGUGCCAUUUGAACAUCUGGCAAAGUGAGUUCAUCCUGGCUGGCCUGCAGGUCAGUGGCAGCAGCUGCAGGGUAUCAAAUGCCCCUUACUUUUCAAAUGGAUGAAUGAAAACAUGAAUGAGUGGAGGAGGAGGAGGAGGAGGAGGAGGAAGAGGCAUUGCGGGCCCUUAAAAGGGGGAAGAGGGCAUCCGUGUGUCUGUCAGUGCUGUGUGAGCAUGCUCAGUGUUAAAGAAAUGCUGAAAUGAUGGAAAACCAGUGAGACAAACAGACUCUUGGCUGGAACUGGUUGGUACUGCUCUUCGGGGUGCAGCCGGAGGAGGAAGGGGGUGAAACAACACACAGGUCCCGCCCCUUCUUCACUCAUAUUCACCUGCCCAUCGACUCAGAGGCUCAACUUGCAAAAAACAUCAAAGUGCACAAAAUGGACUAAACUUCAAUUAUUCUGUGGUUUACACCUGUGUUUAAAUUAAAUUAAAAAAAAUCAACUAUCAACCUGCUAACGUUUGAGAGCUACAUCCGCUGCUUAUGGUGUUCUUGAUUAUAAAUGAAUAUGUAAACAACUAUGAAGAUGAACACAAAACAAAAGUGUAUUUAGGCCUAUAACAGAUGAGACAGGAGAAUGCUUAAAAAUGGACCAAGAGGGAGAUUGGAGGGAGGGAAUGACUGAGAGAGUCUGCAGUGAAUUUGUGGAUAGCAAGUCUGCUUUUUGUCAGUAAAUGUCAGUGUCUGUCUGUGUGUUAUUGUCUUAAGUAUUCGUUUUGCCUUCAGCUUUGCUUUAGAGAGUCUGAGAAACGGAGAGACAGAGGAUGGAAAAGUGACUGUUGAGUCAUCCACAAAUUAUGACAGAAGAUCUGUCCCUGAUGCGAUGACCUUUCAACUAAAAGUUUGUCUUACCUAGGUGAGUUGGACAAGGAAAACAUGCUCAUUGAAUGUAAAAAGAGAAGCAAGAGGGAUAAGACAGCUUUGCGUUGAGGACAGGAUGAAGGGAGAGCCAUGAGGAUUGUACGAUAUGAUAAAGCCUUAGUCCAGCUUGUAACUCCAGGUAUGAAAAGACUUGAGAAAGUUAUAAGAUCUUGGUGGUGAACAAGUCUGGUGUUACAUUUGUAAUUUUGCUCUUUACGUUUGCUUUUUCUUGUUUAAUAAAACAUGUAAAAUGUGUAGAUACCUUUUGCCAGAAUGUGACAGAUUGUUUAAGGAUGUGGCUGGAGAGAAGAGUACUGUUUACCUCCUGAGAGCCCUGGGGCAAAUAGUGAAACAAUAACCUUUAGAGUCUGCCAGAAGUGUGAGUUUUGGUUUCCACCGCGGCAGGCAAUGACAGAAAGGUUCUUGCUAAUAUUCUGAGGAGUGUUGCGACCCAGACCUGUCAGGAUGGACAGAUGUCACUGAUGCGAAGGAGCUGACUGAUGUCCUGUACAUUUCUUUACCAUGCUUCAACUUUAUUACUAUGAUAUUUGUGUAUA